UUAAAGCGUCGGUAGUGUUUGAAAGUGAUAGAAUCGUCGUGUCAGUGCCAGAGACACCAAGAUGGAGAUGAUCCACACUGUCCGUGUUUUAAUGAAAUCUUUGCUGUUUGUUCUGCUGUGUUCUCACAGUGAAGGCAGAGAGUCGGAGCUCAGCUACGUGACCUGCGGCUCUUUGGUUAAACUGCUCAACACCAGGCACAACGUCCGUCUGCAUUCACACGACGUCAAGUACGGCUCAGGCAGUGGGCAGCAGUCAGUCACUGGUGUGGAGAAUGCAGAUGACUCCAACAGUUACUGGCAGAUCCGGGGGAAGCCGAACCGUCCAUGUCAGCGAGGAGUCGCCAUAAAGUGCGGUCAGGCCAUUCGGAUCACGCACAUGAAGACAGGCCGUAACCUGCACUCACACCACUUUAGCUCACCACUGUCCAAUAACCAGGAGGUCAGCGCCUUUGGAGAGAAUGGCGAGGGGGAUGACCUGGAUGUUUGGACAGUACAGUGUGAUGGCGUUCACUGGGAGCGGGACGAAGCUGUGCGUUUCAAACACAUGGGCACUGACGUGUACCUCAGCGUGACGGGGGAGCAGUAUGGACACCCGAUUCGAGGCCAACGUGAGGUGCACGGCAUGAACUCGCCCAACCAGCACAAUUGGUGGCGUUCCAUGGAGGGCGUGUUUAUCAUGCCCAGUCAGGAGCCGAUGCGCCAUGACGAGCUCUGAUGUCAUAUCUAGGAGACAUGUGACUCUCUGGGGACUUUACAGCUGGCCUGGACCAAAUGAUGUAAAAUAUUAGACUGAUGAUUGGUUGCUGAGGAACUCGUGGCGAUCUAAGACAAUUCACUGAAACAAUACGUCAGAACAUUGUCACUCCACAUCCAAUAUGGCUGCUUCUCCUGAAUUACCACGCUCCAAACUGCUGUAUGACUUUGUAGGUUCCCUCUCUAGUUUUAUGUCUUUGUGCCGUUAAAAUCAGGUCACUUUGUAUAAGGAGUAAUAAAAGUGCUCAUGGAAAGGCGGAAAUGAUUGGAUGAGUCAAAGAUGGCGGUUUAUAAAAGUCGAGGUCAGACUACACAGUAUUUUUUGUUUGUUAUGAUGGCUUCUGCAUCACUUCAGGUGAUCAGAGCCAUGAAUCCAGGACUUGGCCCACAGACAUGACAGACUAGACAGUGGCAUGAUGGAAGGAAGAGGGCUAGACUAUUGGUCUUCAACCAGUCGGGCAUCGGGACCCACCGCCGCCUCCUUAUGACGAAUGAAAUUUAUGAAAAUAUUAAACCACCUUACAUUCAUUUAAUGAAACUGUUGCAGUUUGGGCCCUAAAUGGGAAAACAUGCCUGAACAAUACAAAAAGAUCCAACAAACAUGUUUACAAAGCACAUCGUUACAGAUGGGCAGACAUCCACAUAUUCUUGAUCCAUUUUCCACAAACAGCAUGGAAAUUUGGGAAUUCCUGAAGGAAUUUUACUAUGGGAAACUAGGAUAUUAAAUAACUGAGUGUAUAGUCUGACCUCAGCUUUCAGCUAGCCACCAGUGUUUUAUUUUGAAAGUCGACACAAACAUGAUCUUUUUUUUUACUCCAAACUACUUCAGUCAGUACUCAAACCUCCUGUUUGUUUUUGGUAGAUAAGCAUACUUCAUUAUUUUCUGCAUUUUUGCUCAAACAAAUAAACAAUAAGACGUGAAAAUUUUCUCUGUUAGCUUGAUUUUAAAUGUGGAGCGUUGAUUUUCUAAGACUAGCUCUGUCCUAUCUGUUUCUACUUUAAAAUGAUGUGCAGCUGCAGAAAGGUUGAAGACCUCUGCAGAAGAGUUUUCCUCUGUUUGGACUAUUUAUAAGUUUAUGUUUGAAUAAAUGAACAUUUUUGUUUAAUCUAAGACGAUUCUCCAGACUCUGGCCUGGUGUUCGGUUUUAAUCGGCCCGCAGCAAAGGAUUAGAAUAGGAAGAAAUAUAGCCUACGUGACAACAUUACAUUAGCGUUGUUCUAAGUUUUGUUCCAAGCAGGUGCUCUGGAGAUUUUGUAAACAAAUAUUUUGACGAGAAGAAUUCACUGAUGUGCUUUUUCAUGACUAAACUGAGACUAUUUGGAGCUAACUCUGUAAGAGUCAUGGUGUAAUGUCAGCUCACACUGUGAGACCGAAUUGUUUACAACACACGACCAUCACACAAUUUUCUGUCCUCACACCAUACAAGUCUUAUGAUUGGCCACAGCCUGAGCGCUCUCACUAUCAGAAUAAAGCUGGGAUGGGCUGUGA